AUGGCUUCCAUCGGUCCAGUGAGCACGGAAGUUUGCUGUGACAUAUUCAGGGAGCUGAGAAGCCAGAGUGUCCAGGAGAAUGUCUGCUACUCCCCUCUGCUCAUCAUUUCAACCCUCUCCAUGGUCUACAUAGGUGCAAAAGAUAACACAAAGGCUCAGAUAGAAAAGGCUAUCCACUUUGAUAAAAUCCCAGGAUUUGGAGAGAGUGCUGAAUCUCAGUGCGGCACAUCUGUGAGCAUCCACACUUCACUUAAGGAUAUCUUCACCCGAAUCACCAAACCAAGCAGCAAUUAUUCGAUCAGCAUUGCCAGAAGACUUUAUGCUGAAGAGAAAUACCCAAUUCUGCCGGAAUACAUACAAUGUGUAAAGGAAUUGUAUAAGGGAGGUUUGGAAUCUAUCAGCUUCCAAACAGCUGCAGAAAAAUCCAGAGAGCUCAUAAAUUCCUGGGUUGAAAGUCAGACAAAUGGGACGAUCAAAAAUAUCCUUCAACCAAGCUCUGUCAGUUCACAAACUGACAUGAUCCUGGUCAGUGCCAUCUACUUCAAAGGACUGUGGGAGAAAGCAUUCAAGGAAGAAGACACCCAGACUAUUCCUUUCAAAAUUAGUGAGCAAGAAAGCAAACCUGUGCAGAUGAUGUCUCAGAUUGGUACAUUUAAAGUGGCAGAGAUCCCUUCUGAGAAAUGUAAGAUUCUGGAGCUUCCAUAUGCCAGUGGGCGGCUGAGCUUGUGGGUGCUGUUGCCUGAUGACAUCUCUGGCCUGGAGCAGCUUGAGACUGCAAUCACCUUUGAAAAUCUCAAGGAGUGGACCAGUUCUAGUAAGAUGGAAGAGAGGAAAAUUAAAGUUUAUCUCCCCCGCAUGAAGAUUGAGGAGAAAUAUAACCUCACAUCUGUCUUAAAAUCCUUGGGUAUCACCGACCUGUUCAGCUCAUCAGCCAAUCUCUCUGGGAUCUCUUCAGCAGAGAGCCUGAAAGUGUCUGGAGCAUUCCAUGAGGCAUUUGUGGAGAUCUAUGAAGCAGGCAGUAAGGAGUCAGGCUCAUCAGAAGCUGGGGUAGAUGACUCAAGUGUCUCUGAAGAGAUUAGGGCUGAUCACCCUUUCCUCUUCUUGAUCAAGCACAACCCAAGUGACAGCAUAUUGUUCUUUGGCAGAUGCUUUUCCCCUUAA